AUAUUUUCAAUCUUUGGCGAAGCUCAACAGGAGAGAGCGCGCAAUACUCUGACACCGAUUGUUCAGAGCGAGCUGGCCUCAAUAUCACCACGCAACAUGUCGGUGUCCGAUGAUAGUAUUAUUUCAGCGUUAAGGAAUGGAGAAAUAAAUGACGGAAUAAUGGACGAGAUCCGACAGACGUUUGAGCUGUUUGACAGUGACCACGAUGGCAAGGUCAGCACCAAGGAGAUUUCGGUCAUCAUGCGCUCCCUGGGGAUGCUGAUCUCUGACAAAGAAAUGGACGAACUGGUCGCUCGUCUGGACACCGACGGUAACGGGACGGUGGAGUUCGCCGAGUUCGAGAACUUCAUGCUGACCAGUGGGGUCCUGAACAAGAUCCCGGAUGAAAUGGACGAGAACCUACGGGACGCCUUCAAAAUUCUGGACAAGAACAACGACGGCUACAUUGACAAGGAGGAACUCAUCUUCUACAUGACCAAAUUCGGUGACAAGAUGGCGGUCAAAGACGCGGAGGAGAUGAUUGAGGAGGCGGAUCAGAACGGAGACGGAAGGAUAGACUACAAAGUGGAUAUCUUGAUCUUUGCUGACGGAGUCAGUAUCCACCGAUCUCUCUUGGACGGCUCUCAGCACCAUAUCCUACCACUGAACCAUAUCCAAAAAGCCAAGUUUGUAGAGUUUGACCCCCAAAGCAAGCAGAUAUACUGGUCAGACGUCCAAACGAGGGAAAUAUGGCGAACAGACAUGUGCGGCGAAGAGCAGCAGCGCGUGUACACAGUCAAUGCCACAGAUUAUACCUACUUCAUUAGCCUCGCUCUCGAUUAUGACGCUCGGAAGAUCUACUGGACAAAUACCGGAUAUGACACCAUAGAGCGCUUAAAUUUCGACGGAAGUGGUCAUGUAGAAAUAGCGUCGGAGGAAAUAAGUUCUCCAAAGGAUUUAGAAAUAGAUAUCAACAAUGGCUUUCUGUAUUGGUUGGAUGGUGGUACAAAGCCCAAAAUAGAGCGCUGCAAGCUAGACGGGAGCGGCAGGACCGAGAUUUUUGAUCUGAGGGACCAGUACCCUUCAGCCCUUGCCCUGGAUGUGGAGGGACAGACGCUGUUCUGGAACGACGGGAACGACCAGUCCGUGUGGCUCGGAAACACGGACGGAACCGGAAAACGGCAGCUGGCGUCCAGCACCGUCCAUUCCUUCCCCAACAUGAUCGGGAUCUCCGUCCUAGACGGUUACUUGUACUGGGAAAGUUUGGUAAACAAACGAAUUGAGCGGAUGGCCAAAUCUGGCAGCCCAUCAGAAGUAGAAAUCGUUGUCAAGGGGGUCAAGGACGUCGUGGAGGUCAAGGCCGUCAAAGUAGAUUCCAGUGAUAUACAAUGUGCACCUGGUGCUCCAACUAAUAUCAGAGUAAAUGACGUCACAAACACGAGCGUAUUAUUGACGUGGACGGCUGGAUACAAUUGGGGAACAUCUCAAAGUUUUCAAAUCGACCUAAACACUUCCCUCGGUUGGCGACCUGUUGUCUCCAGCAUUCUAUCCAGUGAGCAACAACAGGAGUACUCCAGGAAAGUGACGGAUCUGGAUCCAAGCAGAGACUAUCAGAUCCGGAUCAAGGCCUGCAACUCGGCCAAGGGGUGCAACAAGGACAGGUUUGACGAAGUUCUAGCCUUUAAGACCAAAGGUUAUCCAGACGUCCUACUCAGCCCGAGCCUACACAAGGUUGCCAAUACAACAGCAACGCUUAGAUACAGAUUGAUAAAUAUCAAACAAGCCGAGUUAUCGUCCUUGGUUGUCCUGGGAAGGAUACACAACAGCGACUGGAGCUUGUUUACAAACUUUUCUUCCACUAUGACUGAUGCAGGCGACAUCUUUGUAACGGUGUCAAUGUUGAAACCGAGGCAAAAAUAUGACUUUCUUGUCAGGCCAUGUAAUGCUUAUGGGUGUAACCCGAGGGAUCCCGAACUUCUCUCAAUAACUACGCUAGGCUACCCGGAUCUUCCGACUGGAAUCCGUGUAGUUAAAGUAAGCAACUCUUCAGCGGAAGUGGAAUUCAGCGCAGAAUCAAUGAAUAUCCAACAGGAAGUUAUUAUAAACAUUUUGAAUGAAGCUGAUUUGUCUUCCAUUGAAGUUUUGUUAACAUUGAGUUCCACAGAAGGGACUCAAAGAGCAGAGAUUAGAUCUCUACAACCGAAGACAGAGUAUUCUGUGACCUUGAAGGUUUGCAAUAUCUUUGGGUGUAACCCUAAGCAAACGACCCCUUUGACAUUUGUAACAGAAGGGGUCCCUGAAAAACCUGAAAUGUUCAAGGUCACAAAUAAAACGUCUGAUUCUGUGACCUUGACCUGGAGAGUGACUUCCGGUAGCAUGCACCGACUCCACCUGGCGGAGAAUAACGGGAACUGGUCCCUGCUUUACAGCAACAGAGUAGGGGAGGGGCUACAGGACUUUACUUACCGCGGGUUGGAGGAGGAGGGGGUUUACUCCUUCAGACUGUCAGUGUGCAAUGUUUACGGGUGUAACUCGGAGUCCGUCCUCACACUGACACUGUCCGACCAUGGUAGACUUGUUGCUUUAGUUUGCUUUAUCUACUUUUUCUUCUUUUGACGUGCACUUAUAUUU